AUGACGUUUGAACACAUCGCGAGUCCGCAUCGACAGAAAACGAGCUCGCUCGAAGGUUCGUGCGCCAAGUGGCGAUAGCAACGAUGAGUUGAUUGGUGGCUUUGCCAAGACCAGCUUUCGUUGAAAAAGCAGCAGUAAGGAGGGUAGAUCUAGUCGGGUUGAAAGUUCCCGCAUAGUGGAUUGCCUUACUUGCGGCUCGAUCUUCGACGGCGGAUCCUGGCUUUUGCAUCGACUUGUCGAUGCUUCGACCUGCGGAUGGGUUGACGAUUGUUACGUCUAUAAGAAUGGACUUGGUGCAGAGUUCCUCUCCGUUCUCUCCUGCGUGUAAUCCUGGGGGGAUCACCAAAUCCAUCUUGUAUAGCCCCUUUCCCCUACCAGUGCCUGUUGUAAAAGGGGAAGAAUCCUCAACGUCGAUGGGCAUCUGGCACUCACGCAGUGUCUUGAGGACUACGCGAACCAUCCUGUUAUGGAGGAAGGUUGAGGCGCCGGUCUUGGUGCAGACGAGGGAGUGGGCUCGGCUCAAGCGGUCCUUGCAUGGUAACAAUGCAUCUGCACCACAAAUUUUGCCUGUAUCGCAGUCUGCUCGAUCGUGAGUCCCCAGUACACGACUGGUUGACUCUCGAUAUAGAUCAGGCAGCAUUCUUUCAUCUGCUGACAGCCCUUGCGUUGUCAAUCACGACAAAACUCCCUUGCCUUUCGCUUCCUCCAAGCGGAUCAACGCCCUCUUCUUUGGCGUUUCCUCGCCUACUACUUUCUGCAAGUCUGUCUCCACCAUCUGACGCACUGCUGCAUGAAAAGGUUUCGAAAGGAGAGCUUGGGCUUCAAAGACUUGGUAGUGUUGACCAAAUUCAUUUCGGCUGAAGGUAGACGGUGGUUGAUGUUCUACGUCAGGGUUUCCAUCUUCACGGGGUUUUCCCGCCUUCCCUGCUUCCAACAAGUAAACUCCUGUGAGGGCGGGGGAUUAACUCAUCACUUGUGGCAAGCUUUGCCCAUGACUGCCCAACAGCUUUUUCAAGCUUGUCCUUGGUGAUGAUCUCCUCUAGCUUCUUGAGUGAAACAAUCAGAGCCAAUCCUGUCGGUAGCUGGGCAAGCCGGGGUAGACAUUGCUCAACUUUGUAUCCUGUCGAUGCUUGCACUGACUUGGGGAACACCAGCGCUUGCCCUGCCACAAAAGCCGAUGCUCGAAUGAGAACAUCGCUCGUGAUUCCUAGUCCUCCUUCACGCAUGGGUAGGUGCACCUCUGCCCGAGCUGUCCCUUUGAAGAAAUCUACCUCCUCGCUCUUCGUUGGGUCUGCGCGUACCUCUUUGACCGUUGGUAUUCUCAUGCUGUCGGCCAUCUUGCCAAGGACGAUCUUACUCAUUGCCCACAUCAUCAUGUUGUCAUGUAUUUUUGCGGCAGAGUUGGUGAUAGACGGUGCAAUCAUCCUCAGCAUAUGAAACAAACGUGGCACACCAGAUAAACGCAGUAGUUGAUAGCUGGCUUGAGGGUCGUCAAGCGUUACUAAUAGGCGGAGUAUCAAUUCUGCCGGGUCACCACGGACGAAUUUGGACACGAAACUCCUCUGGAACUCUUCUGUCCCUACUGGGAUUCCGAUUACUGGCAUGCCACCUUCAGCAACUGACAGACCCAUUUGCGCCAACUGUUGCUGUUCGUCGUUUGUCAAAGAGGGCAUGCAAAGACUCUCCGGGAAAAGCACUUUGGAUUUCGGGAGAAUGAGCUCAAACCCUUUUUGGGAGAGACGUUCCUGAAUCCAAUUCGUUACAGUGGAUAUGGCCUGCAUGUUCCUAGCCAAACCUGGUGGAAGAUGUGCUUGGAGGUCGUCGACGUAUCCGAUGAGUUUCACUCCUGGCACUGGUGGCUUGUUGUU